GCGAAAGAGAAAGUCGAAUAAGAUUGUGUUACGUAGCUUCGAUUAUUCUGAAUAUUUUCUUCAAAGCUUAUUUACGACGUUUCUCAUUGUCUAUGCUGUAGAUACGCAUCCCGAGCGAUACAUACGGUGUAAAGCUUUUAGUGACAAAUGUAUAGUAAAAAUGAAGGAAAACGCCGUACUUAAGUGGCAAAAAGUAUACAACCCCACCGGCCCGCAACCACGACCUCGCCAUGGCCAUCGCGCGGUCGCCAUAAAAGAUUUGAUGAUAGUUUUCGGCGGCGGAAACGAAGGGAUAGUUCAUGAACUUCACGUCUUCAACACCACCACAAACCAAUGGUUCGUUCCUGUUACGAAGGGAGAAGUCCCUCCAGGAUGCGCGGCGUACGGCUUCGUCGUCGACGGGACGCGUCUCCUCGUUUUUGGCGGCAUGGUGGAGUACGGCAAGUAUUCUAACGAUCUGUACGAACUGCAGGCUUCUCGGUGGGAAUGGAAGCGUCUCAAGCCCCUGCCUCCCAAGCAGGGUCUCCCUCCGUGUCCCCGACUUGGUCACAGCUUCACUCUUCUGAAUGGGAAGGUUUACCUGUUUGGUGGACUGGCCAAUGAGAGCGAUGACCCCAAGAAUAACAUACCCAGGUACCUCAAUGACUUGUAUACCCUAGAGCUGUAUCCAAAUUCUUCAAUGACAGUGUGGGACAUACCCUUGACCUAUGGACAAUCGCCGCCGCCGCGCGAAUCUCACAGUGGGGUCUCUUAUACAGACAGAAGCAGUGGAAAAUCAUCUCUGAUCAUUUAUGGAGGUAUGAGUGGCUCACGUCUCGGAGACCUGUGGGUGCUCGACGUGGACAGCAUGUCAUGGUCACGCCCUGAAGUAGGUGGUCCACCACCACUGCCCCGCUCCCUGCACACUGCCACAGUCAUAGGCCAUCACAUGUAUGUCUACGGUGGCUGGGUACCGCUUGUCCCAGAUGAAUCAAAACUUGCCACACAUGAAAAAGAAUGGAAAUGCACCAAUACCCUUGCCUCACUGAACCUUGAGACAAUGACAUGGGACAACAUAGCUUUAGACAAGUUUGAAGAGUGCGUCCCACGAGCCCGGGCAGGUCACAGCGCUGUCGCCAUCCAGACUAGGUUGUAUAUUUGGUCAGGAAGAGAUGGGUAUCGGAAAACUUGGAACAAUCAAAUCUGCUGCAAGGAUCUAUGGUAUUUAGAGGUUGGAGUACCUCCACAGGCUAACCGCGUCGCGCUCGUGCGUGCUGGCACUACCUCACUAGAACUGUGCUGGCCUGCUAUGAAUACUGUUACUACUUUCCUUCUUCAAGUACAGAAAUGCGGGAAGGUGACACCUGCGCGCUUCCCUACUGCGGCGGAGCCACUAGUCGCCCCUCCGCCAGCUUCGCCCGUAGCCAGCCAACCAGAUGCAAAUAAAGCGUUUGGCAUCACUUCUCCCGUCGCCAGCGGUCUGUCAGCCGCGGCCGAGGUCGCUCGCCCGGCCGCCACCAUCGCCUCUCCGGCGCCGGCGCCCGUCACGCCGCAGAAGAUCGUGCCAGCUGCCAUCAAAGUACCAGCUCAAGCUGCAGUCAAAAUAACACCCAAUACCCCUACUUUAAAACAAGCCACAUACCAGGCGAAAACAGUAGUCAAGUCACCGGCAACACCAGCGACGCCAGGCUCCUCACAGCAGAUAAAGGUAGCCGCUGUGACACCACAGGGAGUGACCAGGAUCGUUAGCGGUGUAGGCACACCCGGCACCGUAAGAGUUUCCACAGCUCAAUCUAACGCGCAGAUCGUGCUGGGCUCCGCUACGGCCGGCGGCGGCUCUACGCCGAGAUACGUGCAAGUUAAAACCGGCACCAGUGCCGGCGUACCAGUCAAACUUGGCGCUGGCAAUAUGCCUGUCAAACUUGCCGGCAAUGCGGUACCCCUGAAGAUAGGCGCAGCAAAUCUCCAGGGUAAAAUAACAGCCAACAGUGUACAGAAAGUAGGUCAGGUAGCCACCACCAACAUGCCACUGAAAUUGGGUGCUGGCAAUGUUAAAAUUGGAACGAGUAAUGUUCUUGUUAAAACUGCAGGAGGUGUACCUAUCCAGGCUGGUGUUAAUCUUCAAACGAAAGUGGCAGCUGGUGUUCCUGUGAAAUUGGGAGCUGGAAACCUGCCUGUAAUAGCGAGCAGCGGCGGUGCGAUACAGAUUGCCAGCACUGCGCUCGGCGGCCAACAAGUGAAGACGCCAGUCUACAAGAUAGUUACGGCGAAGUCAGGCGAGCAAACAGCGACGUCGACAGCGAGCGCGGUGGCCGGCGGAGCCACGGUGCUGCGGCAGGCGGGCGGCAACGCUGGCAUCCCCGUCAUCAUCAAAAAGACCCCCGGCGCUAACGCACAGACUAGCAAUGCCCCGCAGUAUGUGACUCUUGUGAAAACCUCUACUGGUAUGACAGUCGCGACGAUGCCUAAAGUGGCGAUGAUGCAGAACCGGCCCAGCGCACCCGCCACGGCGCAGGCGCAGAGCAUCGCGCCCGGCGCCACGAUCGUGAAGCUAGUGUCGACGAAUACGGUUGGCGGCAACAAGAUCAUCACGCUGCCGUCCAACAUGCUGCAGCUGGGUAAGUCCGGCGUGGGCGGCAAGCAGACCAUCGUGAUCACCAAGUCGGCGAGCCAGGCGGCGCAGUCCAGCCAGCAGCAGUGAGCGCGGCCGGCGCACCGCUGAACUGACGAGUAUUCUCAGAGGGAGAGUCCCCCGAGCGAGGGAGGGAGCGGGGCGCCCGGCGCGCACACUGUGUGACUUAUGCGGUGGUGUUUUAGAUUGUAAAUUUCAAUAUUAAAAACACUGAGUGCGUUUCUCAGACUACAGUAUAUUCUAAAUCAUAUUGAAUAUAGUAUAUGAGUCUUUUAUAUGUUAUAUGGGUCUGUGUAGAAAAUGUCCUCAUAGAGUUUUUACUAAAAAUAUUUUAUUUACUCUUAUAAAUUAAUUAUAUUAAUGUAUGUGACUAUGCACCCAAUUUCUACAUAUGUUCAGAUCUGUGCCCGUGUUGUAAAAUUGAUAUACAUGAAUGUAUGAGUUCUCUAUCAGAUGUUGACGGCCCCAAUAGGAGUUUACACUUAAGUGCCUGUUGUGCAGUUUUAUGCUUUGAUGUUGACCGGGACUAGGUGUUUGAGAAUAUAAUUAAUUAUUUUUGGAGGAAGAUGUCACAUAACACAGAAUAAUUCAUGUUAAUUGUAAGACUUAAGUUUUAAUACUUGUAUUAGAUAUUUUUGUAUGUUAUUGGAUUUUGUUAUACAAAUAUGUUUAGUAAAGCUGUUUUCAAAAAUUCAUUCUGGUUUAUGUACAGGGAACACUGCACCAAUGAGCUACCCCUUGUAGUAAUGAAGUUAACUGAAAUUCAGUUAUUUGUCUGUCCUACUCAAUAUAGUUGGUUAUUUAUUUUGUUUUUUUGAGGCCAAUCUGGUCUCUUUUAUAAUAAAACAGCAAUUUAUCUAUGUUGAGUAUGGCAGUUACAAGUAAUUAGAUUGAGUAAAAUUAAUUUACUGCUAAAAUUUAUAAAAUUGAUGGGUAGCUCAUUUCCUGCAGCCAUCUGUAUGAUCAAUGUCCAGUACAUGUGCUGCCUGAGAGCUACAGGCAGUUAUUUUAAUUGACCUAGGCAAGUACAAGACAUGCAACUUAUGUUUGAUGAAAAUGUCUUCCGCUUUAUUAAGUUUCCAAAGAAUUCUCCCUCAAUGUAUUCUGAGUUCGUUGAUAUGAUUUCGGACACGACGUGUGUAUGUAGCGUGCUAGAAAAUAUAGAUUUAUAUUAUAUCAUUAUUCCCCUGCUUUUAAUGGCUGCAAACAUUAAAUUGCAUAUUGUUCACAAAGUGAACGGUUAUUUCGAUGCGGCCAUUAGAAACAUGGCGACUUGUUUCUUAGUUUUAGUUAAAUCACAACGUAGUUUGCACUAUUUAAGUUUUUAUAUGACUAGCUGUUGAUUUUAUGGCAUUUUUGUUGAUAUGAAGUUUUGGAUCAAUGAUGUGACUUUUAACUAUGUUCUAUUCGCAAGUUUCGAGGCUAUUUACAGUAUUGAGAACAUCGCAUUGAUCUGAACGACAGCUACGAAACUGAAAUGCCAGUCCGACAGUGACUCUGAAUAAAUGUGCCUGGAUGGAUUUGGGGAAUUCUCAAUAGCAUGUUCACGACAUGAGAGGGCACCUCCAUUAAAACUAUGACAAUUUCAUUGAUAAUGCUAUCAAUAACUGUUCCGAAAAUAAUAAUAUAGGAUAAAAAUGCAGAAUGUUGUUUUUUUGGCGCGAAUUCUUUCUAAAUCAUGGGAUAAUAGGCGUCCACUCGAGUGUGUCGUGUCAAAAUGCAAAAAUGUAAUAUUUUUGAUGUUGUGUUAAAUAUUAAAUAUAAUUUAACUGUUGAUCUCGUGUUGAGAAUGAUAUUCUGCGUUUUUAUAUAUUUUAGUGUAAGUGUCCUAGGUGUACGUACGUAGAUUAAUCAUAAAAUAAUAAGGUAAGCGAGGUAUGGAAUGUAAAUAUCAUUAAGUAGAUAAAUUUAAUGUUAUAGUUUGUUCAUAUUAUGUUCAUUUGCUUGAAUAAACGAUUUGGAUAA